CGCCCCGCGCCGCUCGGUGGCCCCGCCGCCAUGUUGGCCGCGAGGGGAAGCGGCGGCCCGGACCCCGCCAAGAUGGAGGCGCGGAGCCCUCGGGGGGUUUAGGGGUCCCGUCCCCCCCCCCCGACCCCCUGCCCGGGGCCCAUGGAGCGGUUGUAGGGUGCUGUUACCAGCUGCUCACUGCCACCAUGAGCUCCCCCAGCCCUGCCCAGCACCCAGCAGCUGAGAAUGCCUGCAGGAUCACUCUGGGACAAGCUCACCAGGUGAGACCCAGACUGCCACUCCUGAGGAUUCUGCAGGCAGCAGGAGCCCAAGGAGACACCUUCACACUCAAGGAGGUGAUGCAUUACCUGGGCCAGUACAUCAUGGUGAGGCAGCUCUAUGACAAAAGGCAGCAGCACAUGGUCUAUUGUGGAGGAGAUCAGCUGGGAGAGCUGCUGGGCCUGGAGAGCUUCUCUGUAAAAGAUCCAAGCCCCCUGUAUGACAUGUUGAAGCGGAACCUGACGGCGGCUGCACUCACAGAUGCUGCACAGACUCUCCCAAAGGAGCAGAGCGUCGAUAAGCCAAGCCAAGACCAGCUGAAGUUUAGCCAGGAAGAAGGUUCUGACGCUGGGACCACGGAGGGGGAGGAGAGCAAGGCCUCUGCUUUGUCUACCUCGGAGCAGAACUGUGACACUUGUGAAGACAAAGACUUAAUAGAAAACCUCUCUAAAAGCAAGAAGCCUAAGCUGGACCUAGUGUUUGAGGAAUGGGAUGUAGCUGGUCUUCCAUGGUGGUUUUUAGGCAACCUCAGAAGCAAUUACGAGUCCAGAAGUAAUGGAUCAACAGAUAUUCAGACUAACCAGGACAUUGACACUGCCAUCGUUUCGGAUACUACUGACGACCUGUGGUUCCUCAACGAGUGCCCCUUGGACCAGGGCAGUGCUGGGCUCAAGGUGAACGUGUUGGACUGUGAGGAAGUGAAAGAAGGUGACACAAAGGUACCUCUUUCCAAGUGUCUGAAUGACUUGGAGGACUCUCAGUGCUUAAGUGAUGACACGGACACAGAAGGUGCUUCCGAGGACUGCUGGCAAUGCACCAAAUGCAAGAAGUUCAACUCCCCGGGCAAACGGUACUGCUACCGCUGCUGGGCCCUGCGCAAGGGCUGGUACUCAGACUGGCCCAAACUGGCCCACUCCCUCUCCCUGUCCAGCAUUGCUGCCAUGAAAAACAAGGAGGAGGAAGAGGAGGACGAGGGGAUAGAUGUCCCAGACUGCAAAAGGACCAUGUCGGCCCCGGCUGGGCCGCCCACCCGCGUGUUCGGGGUGGAACCCAAACCCCCCCCCUGCGGCUCCAUCGAGUCCCUGGACCUGGCACGGGCUCAUGAGAGCAAAGAGUCUCUGCUGAGCUUGGCUGAGAGUAAAAAGGAGGAGGAAAUCGAGUCUCUGGAGAGCAUAAAAACGCUGCUGAGCCCCUGCUACCUGUGCCAGCUCAGGCCCCGUGACGGGAACAUCGUCCACGGCAGGACUGCCCACCUCGUGGCCUGUUUCAGGUGUGCAAAGAUGCUGAAGAAGAGGAGAUCCCCCUGCCCAGUGUGCAGGAAGGAGAUCGAGAUGGUCAUCAGGAUCUUCAUGGGGUAGUUGGGCCGCUCCAGGCCUUUCUCCUCCAAAAAGGAGCCAGCAGGUUUCUUGCACUUAAGCCCCCUGGUCUCAGAUCUCAGCCAACGAAAGCCAAAGAGAAUUAAGAUUCCAGUCUGCCCCAGCAGGCUGAGGAACCUCUGCAGCAUCCACCUUUCCAUGCCCCUGGAAAUGAAAGCCUGCAGGGAACAGGGAGGGACACGCUGGGGGCGAUGCCCCAGCCUGGAAUCGGCCAAAAUCUUCCCCUUUCAGCUCAGGGGUGUCCCUGGGAUUCUCUGUCCUGACAGCUGGUCCUUGGAGGAAACAGGGUUUGGGAAGAGUUGUAACUUCUGGAGUGUUGUUCUCCAGUUAAGUCAGAGCUGUGCAAUCAGUGCCUUCUGAGGGGGGUGUGAUCUGAGAUAGAAAUAGAGAUGAACAUUGAGGGGUGGGAAGGGUGGGAUUCUGAGGUGUUUGCAGCUUAGAUGAGCCUUUUCUCCAAGGGCCAGCUCUCCUGAGGGCAGUGCAAAGGAAAAUAACCCUGUGUCUGAUUUUUUUGGUUGAUUUUUAAGGUAGGAUUUUUAGGCAAGGUGAAGGUUCUCUUGAUCCCAGACAGGAAACAAAUCCUCCCAAACUCUUAAUCCAUAACUAGCUCAGGUCACAGAGAGAAUAUAGGGAUACAUUUUGCUUUCAUAUUGGCUCAUUUAAUUUAUAUUGAUUUUUUCAUUUAAAUAUCUUUUCUGUCACCUUGCAUAGCUUUGAAGCCUGUCCAGCAUUAGCUCAGCCUCUGCUCUGCCAGCUGGAUUCGAUUCCAACGGCUCUGUGCCUGUUUUGGGAUGUUCCCAGUGCACCUUCCACCUGCCUCUUCUCAUCAGUCUGCCCAGAAUAUACUCAGUUUUGAGUGCAGUGUGGCUUUAAAGGCAGGACACGAGCCUUUGAGGGGAAAAAACGACUCCUCUAAAGCACCAGCUGCACUCUGGGGGCUGUGCUGGGUGUCAGGUUUUUAAUUAAAAAAUUAUUUAAUUAAUUAAAGGGGGCUCUUUUUUUGCCCCCUCCCUGUGAUUUAACAGCUCUGUCCUUCAGAGCUGUGCAUGGUCACUGCUGGCUGCCCAAACUUAGUUAAAACUCACAGUUUAAAAACAUCUCACCCUUUCCUGUGGUGACAUCCAAGGUUGUGCUCGAUUCCCUCAGCUUCCCUGUUUUCCAGGCUUUUUUGGAGGACCAACAGAACCUUCACCUUUCAGCUCUCCAGCAAUUAGAGCUCAGUGCAGUGUUUGUUGUCACCUCUAAUUCCCUCUCUAGCCCAGGGAGUGCUCGUGGCAACACAGCAAGAGAAGUUCUGCUCAUUCCCUGGUGCUUCCUUAGGCUCUUCCUCCUUGUUUUCCUGCUCUCCACGUGCUGGUCCAGCCCCAGCAGGUCCAGGGGGGGCAGUGGGAGCCCCCAAACCUGCCCAGCAGAAGGUUCCAGCAAACCCUGACGUCAGAGCUGGUGUUUCUGUGCAAAAACCCCAGAGUAGGUGCUACAAAAUCCCUGCAAAUCACUGCCAAAACCCCCCAAACUUCCCAUCCCCUGGAGCUUUGGGAUUGUCCCCGUGCUGGCUGUAACUGGGAUUGUCAGAGACAGUUGUGCUGGCACAUGGGUGCACUAUCCAUGGGAAUCAGUCCCCAUGGAAAAGGUGAUUUAUUGGUCCCUUAACUAAAGGGCUCUUAAAUCGCUGGUGAUGCACUUUACCCACGCUGGAAUCAGCAGCUUUACCCAGGCAGUUACAUGAAGCAGUUUCUUCCCUUCCCAAGUGGGUUAUUCCCCUUUUAAAGUGCUUUUUUCUCCCCUCUCCCAAGUGGGUUUUUCCCCCUUUGCAAGUGGGUUUUUUUCCACCUUUCCAGGUGGGUUUUUUCCCCUUUGCAAGUGGGUUUUUUUCCUUUUCUGUGUGGGUAUUUUUCCCCACUUCAGGUGGGGUUUUUUUUCCCCUUUUCAGGUGGGUUUUCCCCCCCUUUUCAGGUGGGUUUUUCCCCUUUCCAGAUGGGUUUUUUCCUUUGCAAGUGAGUCUUUUCUCCUUUUCCAUGUGGGUUUUUUCCCCUUUCCAAGUGUUUGGGGUUUUUUUCCCCCCUUUCCAAGUGGGUUUUUUCCCCUUUCCAUGUGGGUUUUUUCCCCUUUCCAAGUAUUUUUCCCCCUUUCCAUGUGGGUGUUUUCCCCUUUCCAGGUAUUUUUUCCCCUUUCCAGGUGGGUUUUUCCCCUUCCCAGGGCUCAGCAGGAUGCAUUGUGGUACUCAGCGGCACUUUUGAAAUACUGUGAAUUCCCCUUUGCCACAGUUGCUUCUGAAAACUCCCAUGUUUUGCUCAGAGCACUUGGACUGAAUCACCCACCUCUGGCCACGCUGAAAACAAAAAGUCAGGAGAGUUUUAAGCUGAACAUCCCUCCCAAGAUCCCGCUGAGAUCCACGUGCUCUUCCCCGAUGAAAUGGGAUUUUAGUGGGGCAGUUUGGGGGAAAUCUGGGGGGUAUUUUCAGUGUAGAGCUUUCCUGUCUCUCUGAUUUGUUGUCCAGUGUACCCACGGUGUUUUCAGCGUGCAUUUGCCAACUCCUUGCUUGCUUUUAACUCAACUAUUCCAUGUCCACAAGGCACCACGAUCCAAGUGCUGAGAUUUCCCUGUCCUAGAAGAAUAAGCUAUUGCAGUGCAAAUCCACUCGUGGAGCUGUGACUUGCCCAGGUUGGGGCUUGGAAGAGUGGGGAGCAGGAGGAGAGGAAAACAAUGUUUUAUUGCUUUAAUUUAAAUUUCAAUAAGCAGCAAGAGCCCUUCUGCCUGUGAGUGAAACCCUCCGUGCUCCUGUGCCGGUUUUGGGGGGGUGAAGAAGGAGCUCAGAGCACUCAGAGCUGUGGUGCCACUUGUGGCAGUGCAGGUGGGGUGCUGGGAAUUCCCUUUCCCAGGGGAAUUCAGGUGGAGUCAGGAAUGCUGUCCUUGCAGAGGGCUGGCUCUCUGAACCCCGGUGGGGUCUCCCAGCAGUUCCUCCCUCUCCGGUGGUUUUGAAGUGCAAUAAGAGAGAAGAGGUCCUUGCUAGCCCUUAAUGCACCCCUGAGCACACCAGUUGUGGGCACAAGUACCUUUUAACGCCCAAACUAAAAAGUUUUGUCUGUUUUACUGUUGUGUUUUUUGUUUUUAUCUCGGUGCCAUUGUUUGCUGAUCACAGGAACCUGCUGCCGGUGCUGUAGGUCAGGUUUCCUUUACAGAAGUUUUGGCACCGGGUUUCUGACUUUGUUGGAUAUUUAAGCACAGUAUGGAAACUCUGAAGCUCCCAAGUGUGUGGUUCCAGCACCUUCUCGUGCUCUGCAGUGUGAAAAUGUGUUUGUAAACCCUGUGUCUUGACAGCCAGAGGUCAACACAGCCUGUUUAUUCCCGAGAAUGUUUCCAGCUGAAGCGCCUCUUCUCACCUACUCAGUGACUUGUUAGAGGCACAUCGGCCUUUCCUUCAGCUCUCCAAAAAUCCCUCCUGUGCUGAGGGGUGUUAACGAGCCAGUUCAGCCCAGACACAGCCUCUAAACAAAGGGAGUCCUUUGGAGAAGCCCCUCAGUGCUCCUCUCGCCAGGCUAUGGACCCUCUGCCUGUGUCCCGUGUUUAUUCUGGAGCAGGGCUGUGGUGGGAAGCACAACCCAGCUUUGCCAGGGCCUGCUCCAUCCUUCUGCAUCCAGCCCAGAGUGGAGCUGCUCCUCAGGAGCUGUGCCUGCCGAGGGGAGGUGGCACUGGGACAAACGGGAGUGCAAAUGGAGCAGAACCCAAAUGUCCCCAUUGGGGCUCUGCCUGUUCCCAGCUCCACCUUCCAGGAGAAGAGCUCUCACUAGAGGCCUUUGGUGAAGGCUGACCAUUCUGGAAGAUUCCAUGAGUGAGAAGAAAGAGCCAGGGCACUGCUCUCCAUCCCUUUAUCCAUAACCAGCGUAAGGAAUUCCUCGAGUCCUGGGAAUCCUCUUUGCCCCCCCGUGAGCAGUGUUGGGAUCCCCAGGAGUGAGACCCACCAGCUCCAGGAGCACAGCUGACCUGCAGACAGCAGCUUUUCACCUCUGCAAAUCCUGCAGGAUCUGUGCACCAUGACUGGAAUGUUCCCUGCUCCUUUGGGAACAGGCCUGAGCCUGUGGCUGCCUGGGAGCCACAUCCUGGCAGGUCCCUCCACGCCUUUCCCUGAUGGAUACGGGCAGCUGUGGUGGCUGCAGUCCUGUUUCUGUGUUAUUUUACCCCAACCAGGUGCUCUUGCUGCCCACACCUCUGUGGGGACACCCCUCCCCUGUCACCUGAGCAGGUGCUUCAGGAAGAUGCAGCUCCUUGAACCCAGCAAUGAUUGGGGGAGUCUCCAACUCCUGGAAGACGCACCCACGGCUGAGCAGCAGCAGGAGAUCCACGAAGGCAGCAGGAACACGUUGUGCCUCGGGCAAAGGUAAAGUCUGGCUCUUCUGGGAAGAGUGAUGCCUUCCUGGAUCUCCCCAUCUCCCUUCCCUACAGCCUGGUGUUCCCAGGCACGUUUUCCUUGUUAAAGAAACCCCCCUCGUCCCACUGUGCCCCCAGCAGCCGCUGCAGGGACGAGCAGAAGCUCUUGCUGAACAUCACCUGUGUGUUUGCACUAUUUAAAUGAGGCCUGUACCACAGAAAUUGACCCUUAUUUUUUUAUGUCCUGCAGAAGAUGAAUUUAAUUAAAUGGAGCUCAUUCUACGA